GCCAUCGAGUUUCUUUGGUUUGCCGGCUGCCUCUUCCUCCUAGCGAGAGCCGCAGGUUGAACACAUGAGUGUUAGCUUUUGCUAGUUUGCCAUUGUAUAAUUGCGUGAUAAAAACGCAACAAUUUAGCUAUUACACGUGUUUAAUCGUUAUAUGUGAUAUCAUCUAAGGACCAGCUACAAGAUGAGUUUACUCGCCAAAAUAGCAGAAAUUGAGGCCGAGAUGGCUCGGACUCAGAAGAACAAAGCCACAUCUAACCACUUGGGGCUGCUCAAAGCUCGCCUGGCCAAGAUGAGGAGAGAACUUAUCACACCAAAGGGAGGCAGUGGAGGAGGCACAGGGGAAGGCUUUGAUGUGGCAAAAACAGGUGAUGCCCGUAUCGGGUUUGUAGGCUUCCCCUCAGUAGGCAAGUCUACUUUACUAAGUAACCUGGCAGGGGUGUACUCAGAGGUGGCGGCCUAUGAGUUCACCACCCUCACCACAGUACCAGGAGUGAUCCGCUACAAGGGUGCCAAAAUACAGCUCCUGGAUCUUCCAGGUAUCAUCGAGGGGGCCAAAGAUGGCAAGGGCAGAGGACGACAGGUCAUCGCAGUGGCUCGAACCUGCAACCUGAUCCUCAUAGUGUUGGAUGUUCUGAAGCCUCUGGGCCACAAGAAGCUGAUUGAACACGAGCUGGAGGGCUUCGGAAUCCGCCUCAACAAGCAGCCGCCCAACAUCGGCUUCAAGAAGAAGGACAAAGGAGGCAUCAACUUCACCGUCACAUGUCCACAGAGUGAGCUGGACGGUGACGCAGUGAAGAGCAUCCUGGCCGAGUACAAGAUCCACAACGCUGACAUCACCCUGCGCAGCGACUCCACUGCCGAUGACCUCAUCGACGUGGUGGAGGGAAACCGAGUGUACAUCCCCUGCAUUUAUGUGCUCAACAAAAUCGACCAGAUCUCCAUUGAAGAGCUGGACAUCAUCUACAAGGUACCCCACUGCGUGCCCAUCUCUGCCCAUUCCCGCUGGAACUUUGAUGACCUACUGGAGAAGAUGUGGGACUACCUGCACCUAGUGCGCAUAUACACCAAACCCAAAGGCCAGCUUCCUGACUACACAUCUCCAGUUGUUCUACCUACUGAACAUACUGCAGUGGAGGACUUCUGUCUGAAGAUUCAUAAAAGCCUCCUCAAAGAAUUAAAAUAUGCUCUGGUGUGGGGUGCUUCAGUGAAACACAACCCCCAGAAGGUGGGAAAAGACCAUGUCAUGGAAGAUGAGGAUGUAAUCCAGCUGGUGAAAAAGUAAAAGUCUCCUGACUCUCUGCAUCACAGGAAAUAGUCUGCUGCUCAUGAAAACCCCCCUCAAGCAUAUCCACGAGAAUAUCUGUCUUCGUUGUUCUCAAUUUUAUGUUGGAGUUUUCAAACUGAAAAUAAAAAUUAGAUGAAUGUCAAUGUUACAUUUACCUCCCUCAUUUACGCUCGUAUGUGAUUCAUAACAUCCAUCGAAGAGGUAUGAGCCUUGAAUCAAAAAUAAUAUCAAAUAAACACCAUAAAAAUGA